AUGCACAAUGUCGCUCCUUCAAUACCACCCCCCGUUGAUUAUGCUGCACAAUUGGAUGGCUUUAAGGACUUCUUGAAGGGGUUCAAGACCUUCCAAUCUUCCUCGGAAGCUGCUGCGACUGAGGCUCUGGAGGAUCUGAACAUCGACGAAGGCCGGACCAGUGAUGAAUAUGAUUUCAUGGAUGAUGCCGAUGAGACGGGCGCCAACACUCGAUCAAGCAGGCGCCGGGAGCCGAAGCUCAAGUAUAUGCAGAUUCUGCAAGAUGUCGCAAACAGAGACAAGUCCAACAUCCUAAUCGAGUUGGAUGAUCUCGCGGUGUUUGAAAAAUCCCUUCCCGGCGAUGUCGACCUCAAAUUGGUCGAGUCAAUUGAAAAGAACACCAAGCGCUAUAUCGACGUUAUUUCUCAAGCGGUUGACAAUAUUAUGCCCAGGGAAACGAAGGAUGUUACGUUUAAAGAUGAUGUGCUUGAUGUGAUCAUGUCCCAGCGUGAAAAGCGCAACGAAACAAUGGAACUAGCUAUGGAGGCCGACAUGGAAGCUGCCGCCAACCCCUCAUCGAUGUUCCCCCCGGAGCUCACUCGCAGAUACACCCUCAACUUCAAGCCCCUCACCCCUUCAGGCUCUAGUGUUGAGUCCAAAGCCAUGGCCGUCCGCAGCGUGCGUGGUGAGCACCUGGGUAGCUUGAUCACUGUGCGCGGUAUUACCACCCGUGUCUCCGAUGUCAAGCCCGCUGUUCAAAUCAACGCCUACACUUGCGAUCGCUGUGGAUGCGAAGUCUUCCAGCCCGUCACCACGAAGCAGUUCCUUCCCUUGUCCGAGUGUCUGUCGGAGGAAUGCAAGAAGAACAACUCCAAGGGACAGCUCUUCCUCUCAACUCGUGCUUCCAAGUUCGUUCCCUUCCAGGAAGUUAAGAUCCAGGAGAUGGCCGACCAAGUCCCCGUAGGCCACAUUCCUCGCACUCUGACUAUUCACUGCCAUGGUGCUCUCACUCGUCAAUUGAACCCUGGCGAUGUCGUUGACAUUGCUGGAAUCUUCCUGCCCACUCCCUACACCGGUUUCAGAGCUAUCCGCGCUGGCCUACUUACCGACACUUAUCUGGAGGCUCAGCACAUUACCCAGCACAAGAAGUCCUACAACGACAUGGGCAUGGAUAGCCGGACUCUACGCAAGAUUGAACAGCAUCAGCGUUCCGGUAACAUGUACGAGUACCUUUCUCGCUCGAUUGCACCCGAAAUUUACGGACACCUCGAUGUCAAGAAGGCAUUGCUCUUGUUGUUGAUUGGUGGUGUCACAAAGGAGAUGGGUGACGGCAUGCACAUUCGUGGUGACAUUAACAUUUGUCUGAUGGGUGACCCCGGUGUUGCCAAAUCCCAACUGCUUCGAUACAUAACCAAGGUCGCCCCUCGCGGUGUGUACACUACCGGACGAGGAAGCAGUGGUGUCGGUCUUACUGCUGCGGUCAUGAGAGAUCCCGUCACCGACGAGAUGAUGCUGGAGGGAGGUGCUCUUGUUCUUGCCGACAACGGAAUCUGCUGUAUUGAUGAGUUUGACAAGAUGGAGGACUCAGACCGGACAGCUAUUCACGAAGUGAUGGAGCAGCAAACCAUCUCCAUUUCCAAGGCCGGAAUCAACACCACUCUUAACGCUCGCACUUCCAUUCUGGCAGCAGCUAACCCGCUGUACGGUCGAUACAACCCCCGCUUGUCGCCCGUUGAGAACAUCAACCUUCCCGCAGCUUUGCUGUCUCGUUUCGAUGUGAUGUUCUUGCUCCUUGAUACUCCAUCCCGCGAGGGUGAUGAGGAACUCGCCAACCACGUAACCUACGUUCACAUGCACAACAAGCACCCCGAGACCGAAGACUCUGGCGUGAUGUUCACUCCUCACGAAGUCCGCCAGUACAUCGCCAAGGCUCGCUCAUUCCGCCCUGUUGUACCUUCCAACGUUUCCGACUACAUGGUUGGCGCCUACGUAGCCAUGCGCAAGCGUCAAAAGGUCGACGAAUCCAAGAAGAGACAGUUCUCUCACGUCACCCCUCGUACUCUGCUCGGUAUUGUUCGUCUAUCUCAGGCCCUUGCUCGUCUUCGUUUCAGUGAGGUGGUUGUCCGUGAGGAUGUCGAUGAGGCUCUACGUCUCAUUGAGAUCUCCAAGGCUUCCCUGUACAACGAUGGCGAGUCUGGUGCCGACAACACUCCUUCCAGCAAGAUCUACAACUUGAUCCGUAGCAUGAAGGAGAGUGGUGCCGCCGCCGUUGGUGAUGGCGAGGAGGGUGAGAUGAGCAUGAGACGUAUCCGCGAAAGAGUGUUGGCCCGUGGCUUCACCGAGGACAACCUCACCAUGACUAUCGAUGAGUACGCCGCUAUGGACCUCUGGCAAGUCACUGGCAACGGCACACGUCUGCUCUUCACCGAAGUUGAUGCUGAUAUGGGCAUGUAA